GAAAGAACGCUUGGUAUAUGUUGGUAUCAGUAUUGAAAACAUCAUUCCUCCACAAGAGCCAGAUUUUUCUGAAGAUCAAGAAGAAAAGAAAAAAGAUUCCAAAAAAUCCAAAGCAAACUUGCUUGAAAGGAGGUCAACAAGAACACGGAAAUGUAUAAGCUACAGAUUUGAUGAGUUUGAUGAAGCAAUUGAUGAAGCUAUAGAAGAUGAUAUCAAAGAGGCUGAUGGAGGAGGAGUUGGCCGAGGAAAAGAUAUCUCCACCAUCACAGGUCACCGUGGAAAAGAUAUCUCUACUAUUUUGGAUGAGGAAAGAAAAGAAAAUAAACGACCCCAGAGGGCAGCUGCCGCUCGACGGAAGAAACGCCGGCGACUAAAUGAUCUAGACAGUGACAGCAAUCUAGAUGAAGAAGAGAGUGAGGAUGAAUUCAAGAUCAGUGACGGAUCCCAAGAUGAGUUUGUUGUGUCUGAUGACAACCCAGAUGAAAGUGAAGAAGAUCCACCAUCUAAUGAUGACAGUGACACUGAUUUUUGUAGCCGUAGACUGAGGCGGCACCCCUCUCGGCCAAUGAGGCAAAGUAGGCGUUUGCGGAGAAAGACUCCAAAGAAAAAAUAUUCUGAUGAUGAUGAAGAGGAGGAAUCUGAGGAGAAUAGUAGAGACUCUGAAAGUGAUUUUAGCGAUGAUUUUAGUGAUGAUUUUGUAGAAACUCGGCGAAGGAGGUCAAGGAGGAAUCAGAAAAGACAAAUUAACUACAAAGAAGAUUCAGAAAGUGAUGGUUCCCAGAAGAGUAUACGACGUGGCAAAGAAAUUAGGCGAGUUCACAAGCGCAGACUUUCCAGCUCAGAAAGUGAAGAGAGCUAUAUGUCCAAGAACUCUGAAGAUGAGGAGCUAGCUAAAGAAACAAAGCGGUCAGCUCGAAAGCGAGGCCGAAGCACUGAUGAGUAUUCAGAAGCAGAUGAGGAGGAGGAAGAGGAAGGCAAACCAUCUCGAAAACGGCUACACCGGAUUGAGACGGAUGAGGAGAGUUGUGACAAUACUCAUGGAGGUGUGGGUCAGCCUGCCCAUGACAGCCAGCCCAGGGUCCUGCCCUCAGAGCAAGAGAGUGCCAAGAAGCCCUACCGGAUAGAAAGUGACGAGGACGACUUUGAAAAUGUAGGCAAAGUGGGGAGCCCAUUGGACUAUAGCUUAGUGGACUUGCCUUCCACCAAUGGACAGAGUCCAGGCAAAGCCAUUGAGAACUUGAUUGGCAAGUCAACAGAGAAGGCCCAGACCCCCAAGGACAGCAGCACAGCUAGUGCAAGCCUAGCCCCCAAUGGGACAAGUGGAGGGCAGGAGGCAGGAGCACCAGAAGAGGAGGAAGAUGAGCUUUUGAGAGUGACUGAUCUUGUUGAUUAUGUCUGUAACAGUGAACAGUUAUAAAACUUUUUUUUUUCCAUUUUUGUGCUAAUUUAUUCCACGGUAGCUCUCACACCAGCGGGCCAGUUAUUAAAAGCUGUUUAAUUUUUCCUAGAAAACUCCACUACAGAAUGACUUUUUAGAAGAAAAAUUUCAACAAACCCUGAAGUCUUUCUGUGAAGUGACCAGUUUUGAACUUUGAAGAUAAAUAAUUGCUGUAAAUUCCUUUUGAUUUUCUUUUUCCAAGUUCAUGGUCCUUGGUAAUUUCAUUCAUGGAAAAAAAAUCUUAUUAUAAUAACAACAAAGAUUUGUAUAUUUUUGACUUUAUAUUUCCUGAGCUCUCCUGACUUUGUGAAAAGAGUGGAUAAGAAUGCAUUCCAAAUCUAUGAGGGCCCAAAACAGAAUUUAGAGGGUGGGAGAAAGCACUUGUGCUUUAGCUUUUUCAUAUUAAAUAUAUAUUAUAUUUAAACAUUCAUGGCAUAGAUGAUGAUUAACAGACUGUUUAAAAAUCCAAGUCUGUACUGUUGCAGUUUGAGAAUUGUAGAUAACAUCAUACAUAAGUCAUUUAGUAAUAGCCUUCGUGAAGUCAACUUGUUUUCUAUUGGAGUUACCACACUUUAAAUAAAGAAGAGACCAUGAAAGUACCAUCAUAAAAAUACUUAAGCCUAAGUUUCUGUUAUAGCGGAGUUUCUUGUCUGAAAAAAACAAAAUCAUCUGAAAAAGGUUUGUACAGUAAAAAGUAUAAUGAAGCUUUGACAACCAGAUUGUGCUAGUAACAAAUAUUUUAAAAUAGCUUUAUGCAGUGGUAAUAAGGUGGCCUCUAAUUUACUAUGUCUGGUGGAGAGUUAGUGAAAUGAGUGUGAUCUUUGAUAAAACCCAGGUGGACUAUAAACUCUGCUGGCAGUGUAACUCUUUGUCUUCUGGCCACUUGAUGUUUAAAUAUCUGAAAUGUCAUUUUGAGAAAAAUAACAUCUCUAUGUAACAUACAGGAAGAGAUGCUAAGUUGACAAUGGUAUUUUAGCACAUUUGAAGACUGGGAAGGGAUUUUCAGGUGAAUUUUAACUGGUCUAUUCUUGCCCUUAGUAUCUACUUCAAAUUGAAGUCUACAAACAAAGCAGUUCCUUUGGGAGGUUUUUAGUUUUGAGUUUUAGUGUGUAUGUCUGUGUGUGUACAUGUGUGUGUGUGUGUGUGUGUGUGUGUCUGCGUGUCUGCGUGUCUGCCUGGAUAUAUUAGCAGGGUUUGAAUGUAGUUUUGGCCUUUGGCCCUUAGACUUCUAUUAAAAUUUCAUUAAUAGUCACACAACCCAUAUAGAGUUGAAUGAGAAGCGCCAAUAUACUUAAUAAGCAUGACAUUCAUUUUAAACAUCUCAACACUUAAAGAUAAUCCCUUUGUUUCAAGAAAAGACGGUUUACAUAACUAAGUACCGUAAUUGACACUAAAAUAUGAGCUUCAUCUUAAUUUCUGUUACGGCUGUAAAAUUUCAGGCCAAGCCAUAACAUUGUACAGAGCGUAGCCCUUGUGAGUAAACCUUGUCUGUCAUAUGCUGAAGCCUUCAACUGUUAGUUCUGUGGGUGCUUCUGCCCUAGGAUUUGGGGUUUCUGUUUCAGUGUUGUGUCUGUUGCCGGCAAUGGACACAUCGUAUCUGCUGCUGGCCCAAGGAACUUCAUUUUUCUUUCCAAAUUAAGCCAUUAUAUGUGCUAGUCUGUGUAUAGUAACUCACUUCUUUUUUAUUAUUAAAAAGCUGACAUUAGACUUGCAUUAUAAAUACCUCUCUAGAAACUUUACUCUCCUACUUUUUCUUCCUUAACAGGUAUAGCCCUUAAAUCUUCUGGUCU